AUGAAGUACAUUUUAGUGACUGGAGGAGUCAUUAGUGGAAUUGGUAAAGGUGUCAUUGCAAGCAGCAUUGGGACAUUGUUGGAGGCUUGCAAAGUUCGAGUGACAUCAAUUAAAAUUGAUCCAUACAUCAACAUUGAUGCUGGGACAUUUUCACCUUAUGAACAUGGUGAAGUAUUUGUGCUUGAUGAUGGUGGAGAAGUUGAUUUAGAUCUAGGCAACUAUGAACGAUUUUUGAACAUCACUUUGCAUCGGGACAACAACAUCACAACGGGCAAAAUUUACCAACAUGUCAUUAACAGAGAGAGAACUGGAGAUUAUUUGGGGAAAACGGUGCAAGUGGUGCCUCAUAUAACAGAUGCUAUCCAAGAAUGGGUGGAAAGAGUUGCUAAGAUUCCAGUAAAUGUUGCAAAUGAGACUCCAAAUGUUUGCAUCAUUGAGCUUGGUGGUACAAUUGGAGACAUUGAAGGUAUGCCUUUUGUGGAAGCUUUCCGUCAGUUUCAAUUUAGAGUAAAGAAAGAAAACUUCUGUAAUGUCCAUGUGAGCUUGGUGCCACAGCCCAAAGCUACAGGCGAACAAAAGACCAAACCAACCCAGUCAAGUGUUAGGGAACUCAGAGGCCUUGGCUUGUCUCCUGAUCUGAUUGUCUGCCGCAGUGAAGGAAAAAUCCCUGCUUCUAUUCGAGAAAAAAUCUCCCUAUUUUGCCAUGUUCCCCCGGAUCAGGUUGUUGGAGUCAGUGAUGUGUCCUGUGUUUAUAGAGUGCCACUUGUACUUCAGGAAGAAGGGCUUGUGGAAUUUUUCAAGAAACGCUUAAAUUUAGAUGUGCCUCCUCGUCAGCCUAAAUUGUUGCUGUCCAAAUGGCGUGUACUGGCUGAUAGAUUUGAACGCCUUCCCAAGGAAGUCACCAUUGCUCUUGUUGGCAAGUACACCCAACUUGAAGACUCUUAUGCCUCAGUGAAUAAAGCUUUAAAGCAUGCUUCACUUGCCGUUAACCACCGUCUCCAUUUAUGUUCUAUUGAAGCGGAUGAUUUGGAGCCUGAAACUCAGAGGGACAAUCCCAGUAAAUACCAUGAAGCCUGGCAUCAACUUGUUAAAGCCAAAGGGAUUAUUAUUCCUGGUGGAUUUGGAGUUCGAGGAACUGGUGGCAAAAUUAAUGCUGCAAAUUGGGCAAGAACUAACAAAAUUCCCUUUUUAGGUGUUUGCUUAGGACUUCAGUGUGCAAUUAUUGAAUUCGCCCGUAAUGUCCUAAAUUUACCUGCAGCUGAUUCGACAGAAUUCAAUCCUGACACACCUGAUCCUGUGGUGAUUGAAAUGCCAGAACACAAUCCAGGACAGCUUGGCGGAACAAUGAGGCUUGGAAAACGAACAACAAUCUUCAAAGAUGACAAUUCUCUUUUAAAAAAAUUAUAUGGUAAUUGUGAUUCAGUUGAAGAAAGGCAUCGGCACAGAUAUGAGGUGAAUCCAAAAUAUGUUGAGAGUAUUGAACAGCAUGGCUUGAAAUUUGUUGGACGAAGUGAAGACGGGGAAAGAAUGGAAAUCGUUGAAUUGCAAGAUCAUCCCUACUUUGUAGCAGUGCAAUAUCACCCAGAGUAUAUCUCUCGUCCCUUAAAACCUUCCCCUCCAUACCUCGGUUUAUUGCUGGCAGCUACAGGGAAAAUCAAAUCCUUUUUCAGUCGUGGUUGUCAACUCUCUCCAGAGAUAUCCAAGGGAAUUAUAAAUUUAUUUUCUCUCUCUCUCUCUCUCUCAGAAAGUGAAAAGGCUUUCUUAUGCUAUGUUUAUCUAAUAUCUAUUGCUGCAGUUGAGGCAAGUAAAUUUGGUGAAUUGCCUCUCAAAAGUGGUUCCUGGCCUCACGGUGAAGUCCAUUAG